GUCGAAGAACCAUCACCAAAAUGAUUCUAAGAUUACAAUCUAUUGCGAUAGUAGCAAUUCUUCUGGUGACACUCGGAGAGCACUCUAUCGUUUGCGAAAGUGUGUUCGAAGGAAGUCAACAAGAAGUUAAUAUAACGUCAUUUUUGUCGCAAAUUUGCGAUAACAAAUUUUCUCUGAUGACUGCCAUGGUGAAAUCGUUCAGUGGAGAACAUAUCGACCGAAAUUUGGAACAUCUUUGCGCGGAGGGCGUUCACGGAUUGUUGAUCUGGAUUACAGCGGAUAAUUUUGAUAAACUAUCAGAAAUUGAUACGAACCUCAAAUAUAUCGGACGGACAACUACCGCGGACGUCUUUUCAGGAUACUGUGUGUACGAUCCGAACAACAGAACAUGCACUAACGAGCAUGCGGAGUCAAAAAAUUCCGUGAUGAUUCUCGGCGAAAAAUAUCCCGAACGAUACGAACUGCGCGAUAUAGUGUAUAAGAAGUGGACCAACUCAACGGUAUUGGGUUCCCCGGUGCUUGCCUACGCCACGUUAAAAAACCGCGAUUCAUCGUACAAGUACAUCGAUCAGGACAUUUCCUAUCUUUCUGAUACCCGCAUCGAUCAUCGUCUACCAGAGACGGUGACUGCCGGACUGCCACUAUCAGUUUACCGAGGCAAAAUCGAAGCGUACAAAGCCAUAUCCGGCGAGACGUACUACAGCAGAUCCUUCCAGACCAUCAACGCAGUCCGAUACAUGAGUCCCUUCACACUAAUCAACGUCACCGUGAUCGGCACCGAAGAAAAAGCCUAUCGUGAGUUCCGAGCCAAAUUGGUCACAGUGUACACCGAUGAGGGAGCCUACGGUUGGUCUCGAGUGCUAACGUCAGUUGAAGGCGCGUCUGUAGAAACAUCCCUCACUGAGACGCGGGUCCAAUACAGCGCGGUGACAAACUUGAAUGACGAAUCCCAAAGGCCCAAUGGACCGGAAUUGAAACCGGACAAUCCGCACACCGAUCAUCGAUAUCCGGGUCAACCGAUAAUGGCGAAAGCGGAGAACAUUAACAUUCACAUCAACGAAUUAGAGAUGGGUCAAGUUUACCCCGGAUUCCGGCCGUAUGGCAUUGGUGCUGCGAUAAUCCUCUUUUCGGUACUGGGAAUUGCCGUGCUGGAUAUGACUCGCCGAAUUAUCAGGGAACGUCGUGCCAGAAGGUUGCAUCAGGGAAAGUAUAGGCACGUCAACGCUAGCUAACAAUGCUGAAAAACUUGUUCUCCUUGAAAGGCUUUCUUUCACAUUCCACCCGAAUAGUCGAGAAUUGAUUCAUAGAAAAUAUCCUUAUUUAAAUGAAUAUUAUUGCCAUUUGUUCGUCAACAUUUCACACGUAGAUAAUA